AUGCUUGAUGUAUGGUUGCUAUAUUACGGCUUUGCGGUUGCGGUCUUGACGGUCCUCGGAUCUGUGAUUUGGUUUGUAUUUUCAUCCAAACGCCAGCAGAAAUGGAAUCGACGAGCUACCACUGUUGGAGAUGCCUCUUUGAAAUCCUUAAGUUCCGAAUCAACGUACCUCAGCACCGAGAAAUGUAUCAAGGAGGAUUUCGCCGUGGCCAAUGGAUCACUUCUGGAGAAUGCCUCAAAUCAAAAGAAACAGUCCCUGGCGAAAUUGAUAACAGACCUUUUGCCUUCACGACGUGGAUCCAUCGCCUCGCCUUUGUCGGAUGCCCCAAGCUCUAGCACUUCUUCGGGGGAGUUGCCAAUGACCACUCGAAGUCAAGAGGAAAUCGAAUCUUUUGGGGAUUUUCCUGACUACGCUACGUUAAGCGGAGUAAGAUUACCAAAUGUCUAUCCUGAAUUCAACAUCGAGAAAGCUUUACCCAGACCCCAUAGACCGUUUCGGUGGGCAUACCAUCAAACUAUGGCAUUCUGGAAAAUGGAACCUGACUGGUGGAUCGAGCUUGAAAACACCUAUAUUGAACGUAUUCGCGAACGAAGAGAGUUGUUUGCCCUUCAUGGGAAGGCUAUCCUAGAUUGCCUUCCCGGCUCCGAAGCGGCCUGUAAGGAAUUGAUGGAAAUGGUUCUCCAAUUUCUCGUAACUCGUUACCCUCAAUACUUCUGUCUUGUCAGUACGGUCUCAGGGAAGGCUCCAGACCUCUUCAUCAACAAAAUCCUAGAUAAGAGGUUUCGUCUCAGUGAAAUGGACCCGCUUGUAGUCCUCCUUGAGAACGUUCCGGAAGACUUUGCGAUAACGAUUCCGGACCCGGAAUCAGAGGGGCAAUAUAGGUUUAAGGCUGGUGUUAUUUGCAGCGCUAUCGGAUGGACACUAGGAACCAAGAUGGGAAUGACGUUGGCAGAAAUUCAUUCUCCAGUUCCGGAUUAUAAAGAGAAGCUUAAGUUUUCUUUAGACAGAUUCUUCACCAAAUUACUCCCCAGUGCGCCUAUUCAACGCGCUUCCUGGGGUUUCGAGUUUGGCAAGCCAUUAUUUGCGCCACCUGGCGACAGCCACGAGCUCCACCGCCUUUCACAAGACCCAGCGCUAACCGUUGACGAAAUCUAUCUCCGCGUUGACUGGCAAACCCUGCGGCGAAUUCCGUUAUCUGGCGCGAUUGUAUUCAACUUCAAGGCAGUGUUCACUCCAGCAUCUGAACUCAGGGAUGAACCGGGAGUUCCGCAGAUAGCAUCUAAGGUCUUGAGAGAGGGGAAGAAGAACUUGAUGGAUUACAAGAAUACGUGGCAUUUAGAGCAUGUCUUGUUGCCAGUGUUGGAUAGGUGGAGUGAGGAGCAAGUGAAGGAAGGUUUGGUCGAGAAGGAUUGGGAGGUUACAACGUUGGAGGACAGCCCGUGGUUUAAGGGUUGGAGGGAAAAGUGGAAACGGCAACAGGGAUUUUGA